CACUUGCACUCGUGUUAGCAUGGCCGGUGAUGGACGUAAUACUUGUGAUGUUCCUGAGAUCGAAAAACUGUUUGACAUCGAUCCAAACCUGAGAAAUGUCGAACAAGAAAUCAGGAGAAGGUAUGGAUGCUUCCAGAAAAUUAUCAAUGAUAUCAGCCAGUCUGAAGGAAGCUUGGAGAAAUUUUCUCUGGGUUAUGAGAUUUUCGGAAUUCACAGAACGGCAGACAAUGGGAUUAACAUGACAGAAUGGGCACCAGGAGCAGAGGGCAUCUACCUAAGAGGAGACUUCAAUGACUGGAACCAGACGGAGUAUCCAUUUACCAAAGGAGAAUUUGGAAAAUGGCAUUUAACACUGCCCCCUAAACCUGAUGGCUCAUGUCCAAUACCCCACAACAGUAAAAUCAAGCUAGUGAUUCGUACCAAGUCUGGAGAACUUGUGGACCGCCUUAGUCCAUGGGCCAACUAUGUUGUGAGACAGGAAAAGGUUCCUGUGUAUGACCAAGCGUUUUGGGACCCUCCGCAACCUUACACUUUCAAGAAUCCUCAUCCCAUGAGGCCUGACAGCUUACGGAUAUAUGAAUGCCAUGUAGGGAUAUCUUCAUGGGAAGGCAAGAUAUCAACAUAUAAAGAAUUCUCUCGAGACGUUAUACCACGUAUUAAGAAUUUAGGUUAUAAUGCUAUCCAGCUGAUGGCUGUGAUGGAACAUGCUUAUUAUGCUAGUUUUGGAUAUCAAGUCACAAGUUUUUUCGCUGCAUCCAGUCGGUUUGGUACACCUGAUGAACUGAAGGAGUUGAUUGACACAGCUCAUGGAGCUGGAUUGGUGGUACUGUUAGAUGUUGUACACAGUCAUGCCUCCAAGAAUGUCGUAGAUGGUCUGAACCAGUUUGAUGGCACGACCUCCUGCUACUUUCAUGAUGGACCAAGAGGAACACAUGAGCUGUGGGACUCUCGUCUGUUUAAUUACACUGGGUGGGAGGUGUUGAGGUUCUUGUUGUCCAAUCUUCGCUGGUGGAUACAGGAAUAUCAGUUUGAUGGAUAUCGCUUUGAUGGCGUCACAUCAAUGUUGUAUCACUCCCAUGGAAUGGGCCAUGGAUUUAGUGGAGAUUAUAACGAAUAUUUUGGGCUAAACACUGACACAGAUUCACUGGUGUAUUUGAUGCUUGGCAACCACAUGUUACAUUCUCUGUACCCUGACUUCAUUAUUACUGUCGCGGAGGAUGUGUCUGGAAUGCCGGGACUCUGUCGACCAGUGCAGGAAGGUGGGGGAGGUUUUGACUACAGGCUAGCUAUGGCUGUACCUGAUUUAUGGAUCAAGUUUUUGAAGCACAAAAGUGACGAUGAGUGGGACAUUGGCCAAAUGUGUCAUAACCUUACAAAUCGUCGCUACGGGGAGAAGUGUAUUGCAUAUGCUGAGAGUCAUGACCAGGCAUUAGUCGGUGAUAAGACUGUUGCAUUCUGGCUGAUGGACAAGGAAAUGUAUACCAAUAUGUCUAACCUGUCACCACCAAGUCUCGUGAUUGACAGGGGAAUUGCACUUCAUAAAAUGAUUCGUCUUCUGACAUGUGGCCUGGGAGGAGAGAGCUAUCUUAACUUUAUAGGUAAUGAGUUUGGACACCCAGAAUGGUUGGACUUCCCUCGAGUGGGUAACAAUGAGAGUUUUCACUAUUGUCGGCGACAGUGGCAGCUGGUGGAUGACAAGAACCUCAAAUACCAGUACCUCAACAACUUUGAUCGUGCCAUGAUGCAAGUAGAGGAGACCUAUAAGUGGCUGAGUAACUCACAGAACUAUGUAAGCAGAAAACAUGAGGGAGAUAAAGUGAUCGUGUUUGACAGAGCAGAUCGUCUUGUGUUUGUGUUUAACUUCCAUCCCACCAAAAGUUACACAGAUUAUAAAAUUGGUGUGCAGAACCAUGGAAAAUACAAACUUGUGCUUGACUCGGAUGCUGAGGAGUUUGGAGGACACAAGCGUUUAGACCACAGUGUUGAGUAUAGGACCUCACAAGAACCCUGGGAUGACAGACAAUGUUCUAUGAUGGUGUAUUCUCCUAACAGGACAGCCAUUGUACUGGCUAAGGUGGAUUGACGCUGGCCCUGUCACUGUUUUAACUGAUCAUCAAUUCAUCUCCAACAGAAACAAUCUGAUUCAGAUAUCUGUCCACAACAGAUUUGGGUAUCAGCUUACAUACUAAGUAUUCACCAAUUCCUGCUAUGUCAUGUGUGUCAGCUUCUAUUUAUGGUAACCCAAAUAUCUGCAAAGAAAAAAAGAAAUUGAAAAAAUGUUUAGCUUGGUUAUAGUUGUAUUAUGUGUAAUCAAUGGUUAGAAAAUGAGAAUAACUGGAUUUUGUGGCCAUGUGUGGUGAGUGGAAAGAAAAGAUAUUAUGACAACAUUUAUUCAGGUACCAAUUAGCUCAGGUGAGAUGAAUAGAGGUCAGUGAUCAGAUGACCUAUUAGCUCAGGUGAGGUGAAUGGAGGUAUAUGAUCAGAUGACAUAUUGGCUCGAGUGAGGUAAGUAAGAGUCAAUGAUCUGAUGAUUAUGGGAGAUAAUAGUGAUCAGAUGAAUGAGAGAGAUUAUAACAAUCACAUGAUUUUCACAGAUGAUAAUGUGGGGAUGAUAGUAAGGAAAGGUCACGAUCAGAUGAUGGUAGGAACUGAUCAGAUGAUUGUUAGAGAUGAUGGUAUAAAGUAUCACAUCUGUAUGUCUUGCACAAGCAACAUCCAGCUGUUUAAAUCAUUGGUAAUGAAGAAGCUGAUUUUGUGAUCACAACUUUUGUGAUAAUGAAGAUGAAACUGCAAUACUGGUGUAAAGAUGCUUUUCUUGUAAAAGAUGGCAUCUGUAGACUUACAUUGAUUAUUCCUAGAUAACAACAACAAUGAGGUGAGAAACUGGGAAAGGUUCCUAAUUCUCAGUUUCAAAUAGUGUUGUCGACCUACAGAAAUGUAUGAUUUUGUAAAAUGUGUAAGAGGUGCUUUGAAUGUAGUUUUACUUACUGAUGAAAAUAACAUUCAGUAUUGUAAUAUAUUUUGUAAUCACAUGAAUCUCUGUAUCUAAAUAUAAUGUUGAUGUUUACAUAUAUUCUAUGGUUUUCAAGUUAGUUGUUAAGACAUACAUUUUAUUAAAUGUAGAUUUUAUUAUUGUCACUAAAAUAAUCACUAAUUAUAUAUAACCUGUACAUUUGAAAAAAAAGGAGUCAGUUGACAAACAUUACGGAGUGUUGGGUAUUAUAUUCUCAGAGGUGUUAUUUUUUAAUUUUCUAAUUUUGGGGGCGUGCCUAUCGUCUUGGAUAUUUCUAAGUUCAAUGAUACCAGAUAAUUCUAUCAGGUAAUUAAUUUGAAUCAGUAUUAUGGUGUCACAAGAUAAAAAAUACAUUGAUUGUGUCUCUUAAUAUAUGCUGACGAGAAUGAGGCCUAACUGCCAUUCUAGAAAACACAAUUUAGAAAACAGUUGGAAACUGAUAGAGUAAAUUAAUAUCAUGAAAAUAACAAAGGGCAGUAAUUCUUAAAAAUACUGUCAAAUUAACAAACUGCCAUUCAGAAAAACAAAAUCACAGGUCAUGAUGAUUAAGGCUAUCAAGUUUGAAAGCACUGUGUUGAAAACUGUGGGAAGGAUCUCCCGUUAAACAAAGUUAACAAUGGACAGGCAGACAACGCCAUACCAUAAUAUAUCCCCUCACAGAAAGCCAAUCAAGCCACAAAAUUAUUUCCUGUGUAAGCCAUUGGUCUUCCCUGUCCAUAGGCAUGUUUACCUGCCAGUAUUGAUUAUGACAAUGAUAAGUCAGCACAACAGGUCAUUAUACAUAUGUAUUUUGGCUGGAGUAAGUGAGAGGGCGGAUGAUAUCUUUUACUGGAAUAAACUUUCGUGGUGCUUGUAAG